AUGCCCGGCAGCAACGAGAACCUACCACCUGCUGGGCAAUCCACAGCAACCAAGAAAAACGGGGCUGCACCGAGCAACCCAACCGGUAGAGGGCCCACAGCAGCCAAAACAACGACUCCAACGACUCCAGGUUUGAAAGGCACAAAUAAAAAUUUGACGAAGCAAGUGCUGCAAGAGAAGAAUACAAAGCUCGAGGACGAGAAUUCUCGUCUCAAAGGUACGGAAAAUUUUCUUACCAUGGGUAUUGCAAACAACAAACAAAUUUUCGGAGCAGCGAAGAUCUUACAACUUGAGGAAGUGGAGCAUGCAGCCAAGCUCGCAGUUGCAGAGGCCAAAGCUGCCAGGAAAGUUGCGGAAGAGAAGAUCAAAAACUCCCGCGUCGAUCCUAUGCAUGAGAUUAUUCAGAAACCUACGACUGCUGAAAUGAAGGACUCAGGCAGCAGAGGCCGUCUGCUCAAGGCAAUGAAGCUCGAGAACAAUAAAGCAGAAUAUCUGGCAAUUCAGGCACGACGGAACCACCCUCACCUUGAGAAGUUCCAGAACAAUUGGGCGACAGUGGAGUUGGUCAAACAAUUCCUGCAAAACAAACGGAAGGCAAACAAGAAGCGAAAGGUGGGCACAACUGUGGGUGCUCGAAACAAUAAACGGAGUCGAUUCAAUGACUCGGACAACUCAGAUGGAGAAGUGGGAGAAGGAAGUGGAUCUGGUGAGCGUGAGAUAGCAGAUGAUGAUGAUGAAGAUUUAGGCGCUUGA